UUUUUUUGUAGUAUUGGUGGAGCUUCCGCUGUAAUUUAUGCUUACAUAGGUGAAUUUCACAACCAAAGAUUUCGCCCAAAAGUCGUGGCUUGGAUCGCAACUUUCGUAGCUUUAGGAAACAUCGUUUUGCCGUUUUUAUCGUGGUUAAUAAUCCCUUUAGAUGUAGAUUUAAAAAUUCUUGGGGUAGAAGUGAAGCCUUGGAGGUUAUUGGUGGCUUCUUUUGGGGCUCCGAGUUUAAUUUGGGCGAUUGGGCUUUAUUGUUUCCCGGAAAGUCCGAAGUACUUGAUGGCGCAAGGAAAUAGCGACGAAGCUUUCGAAGCGAUUAAAACAAUUUAUUCUGUUAAUACGGGAAAAAGCAAGGAAAAUUUCCCCGUUUCUGAUCUAAUUUUAGACGAAAUCCCGAUGGAGAAAGAUAAAAAAAAUGGAAUAUUUAAAACGAUUUGGUCCCAAACUGCCCCGUUAUUUAAAAAACCUUAUUUAACCAAAACCCUCAUGGUGUGUUUCUUACAAUUUGGAACAUUCGCUAGUUCUUCCGGCUUAUUUAUGUGGUACCCAGAAAUUUUAAACCGAAUUGAACAAUACCCAUUUCAAGACAUCACUUGUACAGCACUUUCUUAUGGAAACAUCGAAGAAGAUGAUUCGAUUUGUUUUGAUUCAAUGAACGAAUCGGUUUAUAUCCCAUCGAUUAUAAUAGGGGGAGCUUUGGCAGUACUUUACAUAAUCUCCGGGACCAUUAUUAAUCGAUUAGGGGCCAAAAAUUUGUUAAUCAUCAUCUUGGGAGUCUCCGCAGGAUGCGGCAUCGCUUCUCAAUACAUCAAAAUUGACUCCUGGUCGAAAAUUUUAAUGGGAAUCUUUCUUUUAAGCAGCGCAGGAGUUGGAAUUAUUAACACGAUAACCGUUGAAUUAUAUCCAACGCAAUUACGAGGCAUGGCUUUGGCCAUUUCUUUGAUGGCAGGAAGAUUUGGGGCUGUUGCUGGGUCAAAUGUAACCGGACAAUUAGUUUAUAAAGUUUGCGAAUAUACGUUUUAUGUUUUUGCAGCUGAUCAUAUCGUUUUAAUUAUUGUAACAUUUUUAUUACCGGCAGCAUCUAAAUUACGUCCCAUGAUUGAACCUGUAACGUGAAUAAUAAAAUUGUAUUGUUAUAAAUUAAAUUUGUUAAUAAAAAUUAUGUAAAAUCCA